AUGGAUACAAAUCAAAGAGAAUUUGGAAAUCUGAUCGAUCAGGGACCCUAUGACAACAGAAAUGCCAAUCGAUUGGCCGUUUUCAUUGAUUUCGUGGAGAACGGACUUUUCAAAUUUGUGUCGCCUUGGGCAAAAAUAUUCAAAUUUGAUAUUCUGGCAGUCCGGUCUGACCAGGCUGGGUGAGUUGGAUAAGAAAAUAUGUCCUUUUGAGAGACUCCAAUCUCUUUUAUAAGUAUUUUUUGAAAACAUUUGUACACAUUAUAAUAUUUUUUCAGAAAAGGCCUUGGUUCAUAUUUUAUAAAUUCAUCGAUGGAUUUGGCCAGAAGGCAUCAAUGCACCCACAUUGCAACUUGUGCAACUGCCCAAGCAUCUCAGCGGUUAUUUUCGAAAAGGGGAUUCAAAACGAUAAGAGAGGUGGCCUUUGACGACUUUAAGGAUCAAGAUGUAGCUGUAUACAAUAGUGUAUUUGAUAAGGGGAAGAGCGCCAAAUUAAUGUUACUUCCUCUUUUAUAG